AUGGACGAAGUUCAAUUCGUGGACGACUCGGGCGAAGCGUUUGGGAUGGGAGGCGUUGGCGAGGCAACGUUCGAUUACGUUUGCGACGCCACAAACGACGUCAAUGUCGUCGACGAAGCCGACGAAGCAGGCAUACCAGCGCGAGUGCUCGAAGCCAACGCGUAUUUGGCAGAGCUGGGCGGCUUGAUGCUGUCGUUCUGGGCGGUCGAUGACGCUGGAUCGCGACCGCGGGCAACCGCGCACAUUGUGGCACCAUCGCCUCCGGCCGAAGUGCAGCGUCCGGCGGAAGAAGACGACCAAGAGGAGGGACGCGUAACAACGUUUAAGUUUGCCGACGUAAAAGGACGGGUGCACGUUCCAAUCGUUGGGAUGUUCGAGUUUGAGCUGAUCGGGGAGGGCCGAUUUGUGGAGGAGGACAAGAUCGCCGACAGAAAAGGUCGCCAAAUUGGAACGACCACGGCGGUCGCAUUGCAUCGCCUGCCGCUGCUGAGCGAGCGCAAUUCCGUCAAGUCCUGGCCAGUCGAUGAUAGUCUUGACUUUGUCGGGAUCAGCCCGACAACCACGAAUGCCGACGAGGUCGCCAAGGACAAGGAUUUCAUCGACCCCAAACAGACAUUUGGAGAGGUUGGUGUACAAGCCAUUUUCACGAAGGACGGUGAGGACCGCACGAAGAUGACGACGAUCGACCAGGUGGCCCAGUGGAUUUUCUUGGGGGACCCCCACCAGGAAGUGAGUGUGCGUCGAGGGGCGCGGCACUCACGCCUAAAGUGA